UCUUCCCUCCCCCGCCUCACUUCUCUUUCAUCCAAACACGGUGUGAACCGACCAACUUACCAAGCUUCAUCAUUCCAACAAGUUCCUAAUCCAAACGAUCCAGCGGAGAUCAAGAAACUGGGAAGGCCCAAUACGACUCUCUCUCUCUCUCUCUCUCUCUCUUCUUCGAAAGUUUCUCUAAAUCUAUUCUUGCUCCAAUUGAAGCCUUCAGUGAGUGCCAUCCUUACCAGGCUUUGAAGCAACUUGUCAAGACCCAUGUCAAUGCCAAACAAAGAUAACAUGUCCUCUCAAUCUCAGCUUUCAUCUCAUUUUCUUGGUGAUCUCCUGGAUUCCAUUAUUGUUGAUGUUGCAUCUGAAUGUCACCGAAUAGCGAGGCUAGGCCUUGAUCGUAAUUUGGAAGAAGAGGAAGAAGAAUUACGGCUUUCAGCACAAGCACGGGCAAUGGUAGCUGAUCCUAGUAAUUGUAUUGAAACAAAUAGCAAAUAUGUGGUUGAUAUAUUUGGACAAACUCAUCCUCCUGUAGCCAACGAUAUAUUCGAGUGCAUGAACUGUGGGCGAUCAAUUGUGGCUGGAAGGUUUGCCCCUCAUUUGGAGAAGUGCAUGGGAAAGGGUAGAAAGGCUCGUCUCAAGGCAACAAGAAGUAGCACAGCUGCACAAAACCGGUACUCACGAGGGGGCCAUGUUUCAAAUUCCACCCACUCCCCUUAUUCGAAUUCCACCAGUAUGAAUCGGUUAUCAAAUGGAACACCUGGUGUUGCAGGUGAGGAGUACUCGAAUGGAACCUUGGAAGAGCCAUGAUAGAAUCCUGAACUGAGGCACGCCAACAAAUUUACUUGAAGUUGGGAUGAACACCCAAUUCUAUACUCCUGGUUGAUGAAACAUGAUCAUGGGUGACCUUUUUUCGCUUGUUUUUCUCUCGCUGUUUCCCUUGAAAGACUGUUUAACAGAGAUGGGUUAGGUUUUUGGCCAUUAUCUGUUUAGAUAUACAACAAAUUCACACUUUUUAAGGGAGAAACAAACAACUCUUUCUGAUGGAUAAAUAGAUUUCUAUAAGAAAUUUUGUAUCAGUUGCUUGAUCAUGUUACGAUCUAUAUUCAGCAGAUGCAAAUGGAAAAGAGAACUUGAAAUUUGUACUA